AUGGAGGUUCCUUGGUCGUCGGGCUGUGUACAAACCCUGGUACAUGUUCUUAUUGUCUGGGUAGCUUCUAGCGCAGGUCAGAUUCGAUGUGAUUGUAACACGCCGGAGUGCCGGGACACCGGAAGAACUACCUGUAUGGGCAUCAAGUCAUGCUACACAGAACUCUAUCAAAAUAAACUCAGCCGUGGGUGUGAUCCCACACCACUGGCCUGUGAGAACCGCAAGCCUGCUGGCGUAGAGCUAGAGUGGCCUUCGGUGUACUGUUGCAACCAUAAAGAUCUGUGCAACAAACACGCAAUACCAACGGUGAUCACUCCAGAUAAAGAGGAGGAAACUCACCCGCUGCAACAACAGCAACCUAAGUCUGGCAGCUCUAACUGUUCCAACUCAGAAACUCAGCUAAAGUCCCAGGACACACGAGUCAUCAACCCUAUUUACAUAGCGGUGCCCGUAGCGGGUGUGUGUGUUCUUCUGGCUCUGAUCAUCUUCGCCAUGUAUUUACUGCGGCGACGCACGGACUUCCAUCAUCAUGAUAGCUUCCACCAUUUCCACCAUGGCCACGCGGCGGUACUGAGCCAGAAGCAAACCGUCGUACCCCAUCAUUGCCAGUGCACGUGUAAGAAACAAACCGCGCCUCCUUGCAGCAAGGGCAACAGAUGCACAGACAGUGAGAGGUCGUCUUCUGGCAGUGAGACAAAACUCUUCCUGCAGUCAUGA